AUGAAACAUCUUAUUUUAAACGAUGUGUUGAAAUUAAAAGGUAUAAAUUUUUAUAAUUUUAUUGAGAAAGAAAUCGGACCGGUGGCAAAAGAAAUAUUAGAGGUUCAAGGUUAUGAUACGUCACUUAGUCUAGCCCGAAAUAAUGAUGAUGUGUUUUCAAUAUUUAAUAAUGAUAUUAGAGAUUUGGCGGAGUUGAGAAAACAAGUUGAUUUCGACGUUAAAAAUGGAGAUGACGUAAAAUUUAUUAUCAAAGGUGGUUUAAAAAGUAAAGUGGAUAGUUUUCUCCAUGAUAAAAAAAAUAAACUAUCGUCUGACAGACUUUUACGUGUACAAGGAAAAUAA